ACCGAGUCCUCUGCCUCGGCCGCCACUCCUGAGACCGCUCUUCCAAUAACGCCGCAGGAUACGACGCCCCCCGACGGCGAGAAAAUCCAUAGCAGCCCUGUGCAAGCAACGUUCUCGACCAAACUGUUAUCUGUCAACUCAGUGACUGGCCCGGAGGCAGUGAUAAGGAGGCGAGCGCUAUACGCACGCGAGAUGAGGUCGAAGCUGUGUGAGAUGAAGUUUGAAGAAUUCUUGGCUCUGUACAUGCCGGCCGGGGACCAUGAUCUGCCAGAGUCCGGGCUCGCGAUCCCAGCAAUGGACGGUACGACGCUCUUGGGCUCCAAGGAAGGACCUAUCUGCGAUGAACUGUGCGAGGUCGCGCAGGCCAUCUUCGCAGGGUGUCUGCACGGGGAACAGAAGCUUGUUGCGAAGAACACGAGAAAUCACUCGGACCCCAGUGAUAAAAACGACGCUGCGGAAAUGCUGAGAGUCGAUCUGUCCUUCUAUCCCGACCACGACGAUGCGAAGUCCGACUACGAACUUCCGAAACCUCGUAAACGUGCGGAGGCUCGUCCACAGGUGAAGGAUCAGGCCUCGACUCGCUGGGCGUGGAUCUCGCUGGCGAUCGAAGUGAAGACGGACCACGCACACUGUGCGUUCGUGUUUGAUAACAAGACACCGACGAAGCAAGACGGCGAGUCCAAAGGUGCGGCGCCCCAGCAGCAUGCCAACGAUGCUCCGGCCAGCCAGCACAAGAAGGCCGACAAGGCCAACGCAACACCCAAAUCGUUCGUGCGCUCAGGUCCCGGUGCGGAUGGGGGGCUAGGGCAGCAGGCGGAGUAUGUUGCGAAGCUCUUCAGACGCCAACCUCGUUUGUACUGCUUCACGAUGCUCGUCUUCAAGGGGCAGGCUCGCGUCGUGCGUUGGGACAGGGCGGGCGCCAUCGUGUCCACUCCUAUCGACUUCGAGAAGGACCCGUCGUUGUUCCACCGGGUGAUCUGGCGAUACGCGUGCAUGACCGAGGCGCAGCGCGGCUUUGACCCGACGGUGAGACGAGCUACCAAGGAAGAGGUAAAGCAGAUGCGGGACUGUCGCCCGCCGAACGAGUGGGCGGACAAGUCCCGCAAUGCAGCCCUUGAUCAGGACGGAUGGCCGGCUUAUACGAUCACAAUGCCGGUCAGCCAUCACGUCGACCAGACGCACUUGCAACCCAUUGCCCCUAGGUCCCCUCGUGAAGACGCCUCCGUCAACAAGGAAGCAUAUGCGAACAGUUCUGGAGCUAAGUUUGUCGUCGGCAAGCGCUACUUCGCCAGUAGCUCUCCUACCGGGCGUGGCACCAAAUGCUAUAUCGCAUAUGAAGUCGCUCGCGAUCGCUUGGUCUUCCUCAAGGACUACUGGCGUGCCGACACCAAAAGUUCGCUACAAGAGGGACAGGUGCUGGAAGACCUCAGAAAGGCUGGCGUUCAGUUCGUGCCGACGCCCUUGUUUAGGGGGCAUGUGCGGAGCGGCAACGACGAGCAGGAGACGUGCACGCAGGCCUUCUUGCCGGAAAACCCUCGGUUGCAUAUCAAGCCUGCCGCUAUGAAGCACUACCGCCUAGUUGUCAAGGAGAUCGGGCGUCCUCUGGAGGAACACGAGAAUGCAUUAUAUCUAGUAGGCGCUUUGCUUGAUGCCCUGCAAGCCCAUCAGCAAGCAUGGGUUCAGGUGAAGAUCAUGCAUCGCGACAUGAGCCCGCGGAACAUCCUACUCUUCGCCUACAUCGAUGAAGAGGGCACCGUAUUUCAUAUUGGAGUGCUGAUCGACUGGGACUUGUGCAAGCACGAGGAUUAUCUCGGCACGGCUAUGAAUGUCGGUCGUUCGGGUACGUGGCCAUUCAUGUCCGCUGGGCUUCUGCGCAAUCCUACGAAGAGGCACGAAGUCGCAGAUGAUCUGGAAUCCGUCGUCCAUAUCCUUGGGUGGACGUGCCUUCGGCUUUAUGAGCACAGCAUGUCAGACCGGCCCGAUUCGCUGAGGAUGCAUAUUCUCGGCAUGUACGACGCGCAGGAUAUCGUAAACGGAGAGACAGUCGGCGGUGACCAGAAGCAUCGCUUCCUGCUUCUCGGUAAUCUAGGAGUCGACCUCGUCCCCUCACUGGCAGGAACCCCUUUGGCGAAGCUUCUGAGCGACCUUGGUAAAAUCUGCAAGGAACACUAUCUGGCGGUGCCAAAACUUCCCAAGGCUAAAACUGCAAAUGCGAUCGCAACGCAGGAGUCCGCCAAUGACGAAAAAGCCAUGGACACACUUCAAAGCCGGUACGCAAGCUUCGCCAAGUCCCUGCCGCCACCCCGUAGUGUCGGGGAGGCUCCGGCUCAACAUAUCCUAGUUGCUUCGCGAAAUUCCACCUCGCCGCCCCCCUCGCCGCUCAAUACCCAUGAUGCGAUCAUAAAUGCUUUCGUCGAGGCCGUUUUGUCCGAGAGAGAGCUGUGGAAACCUCUGAAAAAAACGCCCGACCAAUUCGCAGCCUUCAAGAAUACGACUAUUGCUCAGUGCAGCAUCGAGCGCUCAAGCCAACAGUCGUCCGGUUCGAAACGGACGCUGGAGGUCGAACCGGAGGAACUUGCGAAGCCCGGUCCUUCGAAACGAGCGAGGGCCGCGAACACAGGAGGACUCGAGUCACUGCCGGAGGAACCUGCGGCGGAGCCGGUGCUGCACGACGGAGAGGACUGAUCUGCCUUUGCCGCUCCUUCGCGAAACUGUUGUACGCUCGUUUUCUCCUCUUAUAAGCUGACGCAAUACGCCUGGGACUAUGUGUUACGGAACGGAAUCUGCGAUGAUCUAACAUGGUGUUCUAUAUCUGUACUAUCUCGUCUCGUAUGUAUGAUC